GAGAAUUCUUUAAAGGGAAACUGGCACGGGUAAUUUCGCCAAGAAAAUACUGGUAUUGGUCUGAUAUUUCGUUUUCAGAAAAACUGAGGGCAGUAAUAUGUGGGUUGCAAACAAGUGAUGAUACAGAUUGGAGAGCUCAUCCCCUCCCCUCUUUAAAUACCCAGAGAGAGAGAGAGAGAGAGAGAGAGAGAGAGAGAGAGAGAGGAAUCAAUGGUUUCUAGGGAGCACAAGAAAGCAGCAGCACUUCAUGAGAAGCUGCAACUACUCCGUUCCAUUACAAACUCUCAUGCAGUGAACAAAACGUCGAUCAUAAUUGAUGCAUCAAAAUACAUUGCGGAUUUGAAACAAAAGGUAGAAGUAUUGAAUCGAGAUAUUGCAACUGCACAAAAUUCAAGUUACCAAGAUCCCCGGCCUGUGGAGGUUACCGUAAAAACCCUAGAAAAGGGCUUUCAAAUCAAUGUGAUAUCAGAAAAGAAUUGCCCUGGUCUGCUUGUCACCGUACUGGAAGCUUUUGAAGAGCUGGGGCUUAAUGUGGUGGAAGCUAGGGUCUCUUGUACGGGCAGCUUUCAUUUGGAAGCAGUUGGAGAGAAUGAUGGAGAAAAUGUUGAGGCGCACACGGUGAAGCAAGCAGUGUCUCAAGCUAUCAACAACUGGAGCGAAAGCAAUGAGCAAGAUUAGAAAAAUACCGAUCGCUCUUUUGUGAUAUCGCCUUUAUAUUUUAUGUUCGUAUUAAUUGCUGUUUAUGGAAGAAAUGAGUUCCAUUAAAUAAGUCAUGAUCGAAGAUCAUAAUUCCAAAAUGAA